AUGACAUUCAUGCGACCCAGUCGACUGCUCUCCACCAUCAACAGGCCUUUGAACGUUUUAUUUUUUGGUAGUGAUCAGUUCAGCAUCCAUUCAUUGAGGGCCCUUGAUGAACUGAAACGACAGGGAUCUAAAGUGGGUGAGAUACAGCUGGUUACGAGGUCUCCUAAAUGGUGUGGAAGGCAGAACUCAGUAUUGAAAUAUCCGCCGAUCGUGGAGGCUGCUAGAGGACUCGGAUUACGGGAACCAUUUCUAUGUGAUUCAAGGCAAGAUUUGGUCGAUUUAGGUGACGUUGUGAGAGAUGAGCACUAUAAUCUCAUCGUAGCUGUUUCAUUCGGAAAACUGAUACCUGCUGAGCUGAUAAACAGGGUACCGUUUGCCUUGAACAUACAUCCAUCGUUGCUGCCGCGCUACAAAGGUGCGUCACCGAUUCAGCAUGCUUUGCUGAAUGCCGAUGAAACCACAGGAGUUACUAUACAGACGCUACAUCCCUCUAAGUUCGACCAAGGCUGCAUACUUGCGCAAACGCGAGCGCUUAACAUUGAAGAGCUCCUAUCCAAGGGCACAGUGAGUUACUUCGACGACGAUGUGCCAAGAGCUACAGCCACAUUGAUGGAUCAGCUGGGUCUUGAAGGCUCAAAGCUUUUGCAGAAAGUCAUUACACAAGACCUGUACACUGAAAUGCAGAACAAUGAGGCCGAUGCUGUUGAGCCCAGCUACGCUCCGAAAAUCACGACUGAAAUGAAGCAUAUCAACUGGAACUCGCAGGAUGCUGCUUCUCUAGUAAGAAGACUCGAAGUUCUCGGGCCACUGUUCACAUACAAGAAGACGUGUCCCAAGCAAAAAGAUACAGCGCCUGUUCUGAAAAGGAUUAUACUUCACCAGUUCCAGAUAGCUACGAAACAGCCACAACUGCUGCGAGAACCUGGCGAUUUCAUGUUUGACGAGGAGACAAGCAACCUUCUGGUGAAAUGCGAAGGAUCCAGCUGCAUCCAAGUAAGAAAGAUCCAAUUCGAAGGGUUCAAAGUAGAAGACGCGAAACAAUUCAUUACAAGUCUACGCAAGAGGUGUGGCAAGACGAUGGCGGAGCAAACAGUGUUUUUGUAA